AUGGCCGACCUGUCCAUGGACAGCUACUGGCAGCUGCCAGCCAUGGCUCGAACUGCCGCGACGGCUGCGUUUGCCCUCUCCAUCUGCAUCCACCUGGGACUGGUUCCAGGAUGGUGGUUCGUCUGGUACCCGCGGUACCUGUGGAUGAUACCGCCUCAGAUAUGGCGUUUCAUAACGUCGUUUCUCAUCACAGGACCCAAGAUGGGCCUGCUUCUCGACCCGUAUUUUCUCUACUCGUACAUGAGCCAGCUCGAGGUGAACAACCCGCGAUUCCCCCGAAAGGAGGACAUGAUCUGGUACCUGAUGUUUGUCGGCGGAACCAUCAUGACGUUGAUCUACCUCUCCGGCUUUGGCUUCACCAGCUUUCUCUCGGCCUUGAUUGUGGCCAUGUGCUACACGACGACGCAGGAACAGCGCGGCAUGAAAGCCAACUACAUGGUCGUCACCAUACCUGCCCAGAUGGCCCCAUACGUCAUGCUCCUGAUGAACCUCCUCUUUCCCGGCGGCGCCAUGAACUUGCUGUUGCAGAUUCACGGCCUUCUCGCCGCUCAUUUGUUUGACUUUUUGACCACGAUUUGGCCCCAGUAUGGUGGCGGGAAAAACCUACUGCCCACGCCUGCCUUUCUGACCACGGUCGUCGGUGGUUUUGUAGCUGUGCAUCACCGUCUUGCAGUGGCUCUCGGUCUUCGUUCUCCGUAUGACGUCGCGCCUUCUGGUUCGGGUUCAGCCGUCGCGGACAAUUGGCGGGCAAGAGGUGCUGGUAAGCGACUGGGAUGA